AUGAUAUCAGCUAGGAGAAGUAUACACUGUGGUGCAGUGGUCCGUAAUACAGUUGAGCACGUCUGGGCGAGCGCAAAAGGGAGACCCGCCGCGCUGAAUGUGAAAUCUGCCCGGGUUAAGCAGUCUCUGCUGAAUGGAUCGUCCUCAGAUGGGCCUGCAUCUCUGCACAGACGGUCCAACAGGUUGAAGUACAGGUCUCCCGAGCUGAUUGACGAGGUAUUUGCGUCCAGCUAUGCGUUUCUAGAGGCAAAGGCAGCGAAGGUACAAGAUCAGUUGGACAAGCAUGCGGACGCUAUGGACGCAAGUACUAGGGAGACACUGUUGCGGAAGGUGGAGAUUAACAACCCAGAGGUGCAGUAUAACUUCCAGUUUAGCGAGAAAGUGGACAACAACCCGGAACUGAUCGACUACAACGUAGCGGUGUACCGUUACCUUGGGAAGAAACAUUGGGAAUCCAAGGCUCAAAUGCUUCUGAUGCAGAGACUCGAGACGCUUCACGUUAUACCUGACACGUUGCCCACACUUGAUCCCCGCGUGGACGUACAUGUGAAGUUCCCUUACUCAACUGGUGUGAACAAAUGGAUAGAACCGGGGGAGAUGCUUUCAUCAAAUGUUACUGCAAUGGAACCCGUCUUCAAGCUACAAGAAUUUGACAGGGUCAACCCUGAAGAACAGCUGUAUACCGUGCUGGUCGUGAACCCGGACGAACCGGACUUGGCUAGGGACUCGUACAAGACGUCACUAUGUUACGGAUUGACAAACUUGAAAGUAUCUUACAACGACAACGUCGUGGACGCAAGGAGGUUUACAGACGAAAACGUGCUCAUGCCGUAUCUACCACCGGUACCAGAAAAGAACGCUGGGAUUCAACGGUUUGCAACAUGGGUCUUCAGACAGACGGCCCCUCUGACGACACAAUUGGACUCUAGGGACGAAUUCGAUCUCAGAGCGUUUGUGAAAGACCACCAGUUAGACCCAGUGGGCGCACAUGUUUGGAGAAGUACCUGGGACUUGAACGUCAGAACUGUAAGAGAGAAGUACAACCUGCCAGCGGGGAGAGUGUUUAGCAAAGUGCGUAAAUCCAUACAUUGA